AUGGUCCACCCCUCGGCAAAACGCCGCAAGGUCGCGACCAAAGUCGAAGAAAUCAACUUUGAUACAGACGCCCGCCAGGAAUACCUCACAGGGUUCCGCAAACGAAAGCUUCAGAGACAGCGCAAUGCGCAGGAGGUCGCCGAGCGCAAAGCCAAAGAAAUCAAGCGAGACGAGAGGAGAAGGAUUCGCGAGCAACGAGCGGAAGACUACCAGCGCGCGUUUGAAGAACAUCGACGACAACUGAAGCGGUUGAAGGAGGAGGAGGAUGGCGAUGGAUCCGGUUCUGCGAACGACGACGACGACGAUGAGGAGGGAGAGGAGUGGGGUGGGAUUGAGGAGCCGCCUCCGGUGGAUUAUGAGGCGGAGUAUAUCGAUGAAGAUAAAUAUACUACGGUAACGGUGGAGGAGAUGGAUCCGUCACGGGAAGGUCUACUUAAUUACCAUGGGGAAGAUCGCUCAGAUGAGGAGAAAGAGGGCGGCGAUGCGCGGGCGACGAAAACCGAGGAGGCACCCGAACCGGCGAAGAAGAAGAAGGCGCAGGAUAAACCUAAGAAGAAGAAGAAGAAGUUUAGGUAUGAGAGUAAGGAGGAUCGCAGGCUUACUCGGACGAAGCAGCGGUUAUCGAACCAGAAGAAGGCCAAGGCGCGGCGCGAGCAAUAA